AUGAAUUUGGAUUUUAUAUGUUUGAGAAAGCAUUUAUUCAAAGAUACUAUAUAUCAAAUAGAUAUCCAAAAUGAAUAACUUAGGUUAAUUGAUACUGUAUAAAAUAAUACUAGUUAAUUUAGACUUCAGGGAAACCUAAAUAUAUUAUCAAACUUGAUUGGUCACUUGAAAUUACUUGGAAUAUAACAAGUCAACAAUAAGCUUUUGGAUUAAAAGUUAAUUAAAAGUUUAAAUGGUUUCAUGCAAAGCCCUAAAUCAUAUAAAAUUUGAAGAAGUAAUUACAAAAAUAUGUGACAUCAACUGAUUUUAAUAUGUUUUACACAUUAACUACUCAUUAAUCUAAAGAAUAAAAUAACGAAUAUGAAGUCUUGAAAAAGAGUGAUAAUACAGCAAAUUUAGUUGCUAGAUGUAUUUAGAAGGAUUAGAUAGAUGAUUAAAAUAUAAUUUAUGGAGAACUUAAUAUUCUCAAACUCUUAAAUCAUUAAGGUCUCCCAGUUUUUGAAGAAUUCUUCUUUACUUCUGGAACUUAUUACAUAAUAAUGGAAAAAGUAUAAGGGGAAAAAUUAAGUACAAUUGUUAACACUUCUAAAUUAUAAUUAAAUCUUCGUUUAAUCUAAUCAAUAAUUAUAGAAUGCUUAUAGAUAUUACAAUAUCUAGAAUCAAUUAAUGUAAUGCAUAGAGACAUUACACCAGAUAAUUUACUUUAUGAGUAAUAAAAUAAAAAAAAGGGUGUUAAAUUAAUUAAUUUCAGUAAUGCAGCAAAACUUGGAACUGAACCUAAAAAGUGUGGUACUCCAGGUUAUAUAGCACCAGAGAUAUUUUUAGAUUAAUAAUAUGGAUGUGAAUGUGAUAUGUUUUCCUUAGGAUGUGUAUUCUAUAAAUUGUAAGAUUCUACAAUAUUACUAGAUUAGCAAAAAAAGAUUUAUUUCAAGGAACUAGUGUUGUAGAUGUAAUAUCGGAAAAUAAAAAGUGUGUUAUCAAUCUUAAAACAUUAUAAUUAAUUAGAAUUCCUUAAAUUGCUUAAGAUUUAUUGAAUCAAAUGCUUGAGACAAAUCCUAAACUAAGAAUCUCAGUUUAAGAUGCUUUAAAACAUCCAUUCAUUAAUGAUCCAUUAAAACCAAAUGCCUCAAAUCAAAAUAGUUAAAAAAAUUUUAACCAAAAUAGAUCAGAAAGAUAUUUAAGUAAAAAAGAGCUAUAGAGUUUACAUAGUUAAAAACAGAAAUUAGAUGAGGAUCUUGAUGUUGAUUACUUUAAUAAUGAAUUACCUCCAAAAUGUGAAAUUCCAGUUAUGAAUUCAGUUAAAGGAGGACAAAGAUUUAGGUCUGAUUGUAUUGAAGAAAUCGAUACAAAAUUUAGAAGGGUUGUUUCGAAAUCAACUGGCUGA